CAUCAAAGCAGUACAAUAAACUUUGUGUUAAGCUUGUACUACUCCAUGGCCAAGAAACUCAAAACACUUCAUUUCCUCCUCCUUAUCAUCUUCUUGAGCUUCUUGGUGCUAGCUUCCACCAUAGAAGCUCGCUCAUUCCGUGCUGCUCCAGAUCAGAAGCCAAGUGUUAACGAAGAAAUGGGUCAAAAUGUUCAACUCGAUGAAGUUACUAAAACUAUUGAUCUUUUGGAGAACAAGGAGCACGGUACUAGUGGUCCAAGUGACGGUGGGAUAGGGCAUUGAUAUUGAGCUUAUAGCUCUCGUAAUGUUUUUAAGUGGAUUCCAAGGUUAGAAUUUAAGUGUCAAUGUGUCAUUGUGUGAAAUGGUUCAAAAUAAAGUUCAUGGACUUGGCCAUUAUAUAUAUAGGGGUCAAAGAUGAAAGUUCCUUUUUGUUUUUCUUUGAGCUGAUAUCUGUCUUGUCUGAAUAAAAGAAUUGGUCAAUA